UCACCAAUAGACCACGGUCUCCACUCCCCACUACCAGCACCACCCACAACACACGCACACGCGUGCACACACACUACAUCACAUUCCUAUGGACAGGCACGUGCAGGAACCAAGCUGUUGAGCCUGUACCAUGGAGGACUGCCUUCAUACUUCUUCCGAAAAUCUCUCCAAACUGGUCAGCUGGGCCCACAGUCAUGGGACCAUUUGCAGCCUCAUUCCAAAUCUUAAGCAUCUACUUUCCGAGGGUUCGCAUGGCAACUUGACUGCCAUGUGGGGCUGUAGUGCAGGCCAUGCCUACCACUGGCCACUGGCGGCAACCUGUCGGGCUGGUUCGCAGGAACGGGUUUGUUUCCAGGACAACCGAAGCUUCAACUCGGACAGUCCCAGCAUCCUUGGCGUGCCCUCAGACCCGCAAACGAGCCCAGUGGAACGGUACUCCGGGAGACCUGGGAAAGCCAAGCUGGACUGUAACAGAACCAGAGAUUCCUGCGAUUUCUCCUACUGCAGCGAGCCGUCUGAGUUAGAUGAAACGGUGGAGGAAUAUGAAGAUGAAGCGACCCUUUUUGACAUGGUCUGCGAAUCCUCAGUGACAGAUGAAGAUAGUGAUUUUGAACUGCACCCUCAGAGAACUCCAAACAGCUCUCGGAAAAGGCUGGGCUCAGGUCCUGCUUCCUCAUUUCAUCAGGUUGUGGAUGGCAGCAGCAAUGACGUGCUAGUCAAAAAGAUAAAGCAAGAACUCCCUGAGGACUAUUACAUUGUGGCUAAUGCAGAAAUUACGGGUGGCGUUGAUGGGCCUGCGUUGUCCUUGACACAGAUGUCCAAACCGAAAGCUCAUCCCGGGGCCUCCUACGCUGGGGCACCUAAGCCCACUGCCCACACGUCGCCUUCUCUCAGUGCUGAAUUUGACUUACAAAGUGUCUCUGCCUCGUCGCCAGUCAUGUCAAGGCCAACAGCUCAGAAGCCUCCAAAAGUAGCUCUGGCUUCUCCGAGCAGAGGUCCUGGUAGUAGCACCCCAGGAGUCAACCCUCAGGGAGCCCUACAGAUGCCCGCCAGCACUUCCAACGCUGGCAAACCAAUAAGCAUUCCUUUAUCCGCCUUGCAGCUCCCUGGGCAGGAAGAGCAAGUAGCCUCCGAAGAUCUCCUCCAGACGGUGCCAAAUCAAGUCCCCAGCGAUGCAGCAUUAUCUCCUUCCGUUAGCACGGAACCAGAAGUUAGCUCGAGCCAGCAGCAGCCAAGCACGGCACCCACCCUGACCCCUGAGCCCAUGGCACAGACGAUACCAGACCAAGAUGAGAGAGCUGCAGAACUGAGCAGAGAGCAAAAUGAAAAAACUAUACGUAGUACCCAGACUGCUCUCCGUAACUUCAGAGAGUUUCUCAUCUCUAAGUAUCCCUCAGAAACCCGGGAGAUCUACAUCAUUCCUUGCAAAGAACUGGAUGCUUACCUAGCUUCAUUCUUUGUUGAUGCCCGACAGAAGGAUGGUUCAGAAUAUGAGCCAAAUAGUUUGGCCAACUACCAGUGUGGGCUGGAGCGGUAUCUCAAGGAGCACCGAUAUGGAUACAGUAUUACCAGGGAUAAGGAAUUCAAGAGGUCCCAAGAAGCACUGAAGCAGAAGCAGAUCGAACUGAGGUGCAAAGGAAAAGGCAACAAACCACAUAAGUCGAUGAAGCUCACCUUUGCGGAUGAACUGAUCCUACGCAAAAGAGGCCUGCUGAGCCGAUAUAAUCCCGAAGGACUGUUGAACCUUGUCUGGCUUAAUAACACCAAGGCAUUUGGCCAUUGCACGGGCUUUCAUGGGUCCACUCUCAAAUGGGGGGACAUUAGGCUAAGGGUGACAGAGACUGGAUUGGAAUAUUUGGAAUGGAUGGGUCAAGAUGGCGGUGAUGGGAAUGCCAAAACCAAGAGAGCAGGCACAGACUCCAGAGUAUACGCAACACAACAUGCCCCACAGACUUGCCCGGUGCAAGACUACAAGGAGUAUGCGCAAAGGCGCCCCCCUGCAAUGCGGUAUGAGGAUGCCCCUUUCUACUUGUCCAUUAAGCCAGUUGUCAAUCUAGCUGCACUUCACUGGUACAACUGUCAAGCCCUAGGUAAAAACAAGCUGGCCAAGAUGGUCAAGACCAUGUGUGAGAAAGGGAACAUCCCUGGUAGGAAGACCAAUUUCAGUGUGUACCAGAGUUGCAGCACACUCUCCGAAGCCCAAAGUAACCAACUGGUGCUGAUCUGCAACAACUUAAGCCAACAGGCCGCUCAGUCAAUGGCGAGCCAUUCCAGCCCUGGUAAAUUCAUUGUGUCUGCCUCUUAUGACUCUUCUUCAGACACUGCUUGAACGGCCUCAAGAUGUGAACACUUUGCACUUGAAGCUUUGGAUCUGUGCCCAAUAACAUGCAUCAACUGUGAUUCUACACUAUUCUCCUGAUUCACAUUUCCCUACCAUUAAUUCACUUUAUUAAAAAAAUAAUAUAUU